AUGCCGCGCUUCUUGCACACCUAUACGGGAGAGUUUCACUGGGUUGCGGACCCGUCCACGGUCAUGUACGCCAUUCUGUCGCACACGUGGCAGCCAGAGGAGCUCGGCGGGGAACAGUCGUAUGCAUCGAUUGUUGAAUUGCAAACUCGGGUCGGGCAUACCACGAACACCCAUUCCUUGUAUAUCGACUGCUCCUCUAAGACAGAUGCAGACCGGAGCUCCAUCUUCUUUAGCGGCCGUUUGUCCGACAAAAUCAAGAACGCUUGCAGGGUAGCACGCAAGGCCGGAUACCAGCUCAUUUGGAUCGAUUCUGGCUGCAUCAAUAAGUCCAGCAGUGCGGAGCUCGCAGAGGCGAUCAACUCGAUGUUCGAGCUCUACCGACUAGCCAACGUGUGUUUCGUUUACCUAGCGGAUGUACCAGAUGGCGAGGAUCCCCGGAACGAGUUCUCGAAGUUCCGAAGGAGUCGAUGGCACGAGCGUGGCUGGACGCUCCAGGAGCUCAUCGCACCCAAGAAUGUUGUUUUCCUCAGUCGAACCUGGACCUUCCUGGGUACGAAGAAUGGGCUCGCCUCGACCCUCGAGCAAGUCACCCGGAUCGAUGUCGACAUCCUCACAGGGAAAGCGCCUGUGGACUCAGCGAGCGUCGCGCGCAGGAUGUCGUGGGCCGCGACUCGGGAGACGACGCGUGUCGAGGACGAGGCGUAUUCGCUGCUAGGCAUCUUUGGCGUUCAUCUGUCCCCGAUCUACGGCGAGGGGCGCAACGCGUUCCUUCGCCUUCAGGAGGAAAUCCUCAAACACAUUCCCGACCAGACUAUCUUCGCCUGGGGCAACGUUCAUAUGGAGAUGAGAUCCCCAGACUCUUCACAAUACAUCGCCUUUCUCUCUAGAACAGAAGGCCGUUCGAUGGAAGUGCGCUACGAUUGGGCCUUCCGCACCGUGGAGGAUCCGAUUCACUGGCACAGCCUCCUCGCACCAUCCCCACUGCCUUUUAGAAACGCCCACAACGCCGUCUCGGUCCCCCCUUCUGACUUCGCCUCGCGCCUCGAUUUGUCAAAUUCGGGCGUCCGAAUGCCCCCACUACGCUGCGUUUUCACUCCGCAGGGCGUUGGUCUGACGCUCUUGGCUGUCAGUUGCGCGAAAGGAAGCCCGUUCAGUUGGAUCGCUCGCGACUUGGACCGUCCCGUGCUGGGUUGCGCUUUUCAUGGUGGUACCGAGACAUGUCGGCAUACCCAAGGAGCCGUAGAAUAUCUUGCGCUCCUACAGUGCGAAGCGAAGUCGAGCACUGGUAGGCUCGUUAUCGCCCUUGCCCUCCUCCGUCCAACAUCAGAGGUGGAACAGAACAUGGGUCUACACGUUGCCACCCGGCCGUGUCAUUGCGGUGGCUCCAAAUCCUGUCGGCUCGUGUAUAUCUCACCAGCUGCGCUGGACACCAUUCGACGCCAUCUCGUUCCCACUGAGUUGAACCUUCGGCGUACCUUGUCACCCCCCGCGUCGUGGCUUCAAGAGGUUGCAGGCGACGUCGACAGUUUUCUGGCCAGGAUCAGCUUAUGGCCGGAGCUCUGCACCAGGUUCUGCGUCGCUCCGUGGUGCGAAGAACAACUGGGCGCCCUCGGAUUUGCUGUCUCACCCCUCCAAAUUUGGGUCGAGAAGAAGGAUCAAGUCCAGACUCGAAUUGUUCUGACGAGCUCUCUGACCUUCCACCAGUCAGCGCAGGCCCAGGGCACGGCUAAGGCUAUCGAGAUCACGCUUUCCCUCACCCAAGACCUAUCGAGGUUCCGCAAGCAAGACACAAUCUGUCGUUUUUCCAUCAAGAACAGCUUCUGCGAUACUGUACAAAGUAGAAAACUGCGCGACUCUCCGGAGGUCAAGUUUGACACUCGUUAUAUACCAUUGACGAUGCGUGAACGCGCGAUACAUGUGGCUGUAUUCGACGUCUUCGAGGACCUUGUUGGUACCGACUCGGAGGAGCAAUACCAGGACCAGCGACAAAACCGGAGACUUUUACGACUAUCCCUCGAGUGUCCCCUGCGUUCCUCGUACCCUCCUACCGGGAGCACCGGGCGAUACGUCAUCGACGUCCCAUGCCUGUGGAUUUUGAUCGAGCUCUCCGAUGUCAUCCAGUCCGUGCGGCUUCAAAACGUCUCUGAAGACCACUCGGACAUCAUGAGCUCUCCCACUGGUAGUACUCUCCAUAAGGAGCCUGACGCGCCCACCACAACGUAUUCCACAGAACUGACGGAGCACUCCCUGAAAUUCAAGAGGAUGGUAGGUCCGCAAGGUAUUUCGCCCAUGCACCCCCUGCCUUUGCACAUCCCAACAUCUAUGGGGCUCCGAGGUCGCCUUACUCCUUUCAAGCGGUUUUUGGGAAACGCCGGUCUCCAGGCUCUCCGUCAGCCGAAGAAAUUCGUGGAGUACAUACGUGGGCGCGGACGCAAAGCCGAAGGCUCGCCGCCGCGAUCGUAG